GCCUUGAAAAAGCUGCGAUUUAACAACUGAUGAUUGCCCUUCCUCUCGUUACUCCUCUAUCGGCUCCUUCUAUAAAGCCUCCUUGUAUCGUCUUACUUGGUUCUCAUCCCAACUGAACUGGAGACACCAACAUACUCUUACUUCAUUCCUCUCUUCUGCAUUUCUUCUGUUUUUCGUCAAGUGUGUUGUUCUACUGUGUGAGAUAAAAACAGAGAUGGGGCAAGAGGUUGUAAUUGUUGUGAGAGAGUUCGAUGCAGAGAAGGACUGUUUAGGUGUGGAGGAGGUGGAAAGACGUUGCGAGGUCGGACCCAGCGGCAAGCUUUCUCUCUUCACUGACUUGUUGGGAGACCCCAUUUGCAGGGUCCGCCAUUCUCCCGCUUUUCUCAUGUUGGUAGCCGAGAUGGAUGAGGAAAAAGAGAUCGUUGGGGUUAUCAGAGGUUGCAUCAAGACCGUUACGUGCGGCAAAAAGCUCUCCAGAAAUGGAAAAAACGGCGGCAACGAUAAUACUCCACUUAAGCCCCUCCCCGUCUACACCAAAGUGGCCUACAUCUUAGGCCUUCGCGUCUCUCCUUCUCACAGGCGCAUGGGUAUUGGUUUGAAGCUGGUUUCUCGGAUGGAGGACUGGUUUAGAGAAAACGGUGCUGAGUACGCUUACAUGGCAACGGAAAAAGACAACGAAGCGUCAGUUAAGCUCUUCACUGAUCGAUGCGGCUACAAUAAGUUUCGUACUCCUUCCAUCUUGGUCCACCCCGUCUUUGCCCACCCACUCAGAAUCCCCAAGCGGGUCCAAGUCUUCAGGCUCCACCCUUCCGACGCAGAGACACUCUACCGCCGCCGGUUCUCAACCACCGAGUUCUUCCCCCGCGACAUCGACGCUAUCCUCAACAAUAAACUCAACCUCGGCACCUUCGUCGCCGUUCCUUCCGGUUCUUACAACCCGGAGUCGUGGCCCGGGAUUGAGCGGUUCCUCUCGGAGCCGCCGGAAUCGUGGGCGAUUCUAAGCGUUUGGAACAGUAAAGACGUGUUUACGUUAGAAGUACGUGGGGCAUCGCGAGUGAAGCGCGGACUGGCCAAGACGACUCGGAUUGUGGACAAGGCAUUCCCAUGGCUCCGUAUACCUUCGGUGCCUGAGGUGUUUCGUCCCUUCGGGGUUCAUUUCUUGUACGGGCUGGGUGGAGAUGGGCCCGACUCGGUUAAGCUGAUUAAGGCUUUGUGUGGAUUUGCACAUAACUUGGCCAAGGAUCGUGGGUGCAGUGUGGUGGUGACCGAGGUGUCGAGCCGCGAACCACUCAAGUCGGGGAUCCCCCACUGGAAAUGGCUUGGGUGCGCCGAGGAUCUUUGGUGUAUGAAGCGGCUUGGAGAGGAUUAUAGUGAUGGGUCCGUUGGGGACUGGACCAAAUCAUCACCCGGUCUG